AUGGACAAGGCCCAUAGUUCUCGCAACAAGAACAAACGACCUUUACGCCCGCUUCUUCCAGCCAACGGCGAGGCUCCCAAGGUCGACCCUGCACCGCCAACACCCAAGAGAUCCCGAGUCUCAAACGCAUGCUCCGCUUGUAGGACUCGAAAAACUAAGUGUAGCGGUGAACGCCCAAAAUGUAGCAAAUGUAUCCUUUACAGUACGACGUGCGAAUAUCCAGACACUGAGCGGCAAUUACUACAUGAGCGAUACAACAAUUUUCGCAGCCAGCAAACUGCAUACGCAGAGCUGUUCAACCAGCUCGUAACGCUGCCUGAGAACGAGUCACUCAACAUGCUUCGCCGCAUUAGAGCAAGUCACGACCCAAGUCGUUCACCAAUUCGCCCACCUUAUCCACAUCCUGACCACGGCGCCUCGUCCGAAGCCGGUGUUGGCAAGGCUCACCAUGACCAGUUGAAGCGCAAGGCUGAGCAGUUGGAUCAAAUGUCAGACAACAUAACAAAUGUCUAUGGCUUACUGCAGCACGCUUCUGAGCAUGGAGCUAAUGAGCUAUUUCGGCACAUACGUCAAGGCAUGUCGCCAAAGAAUGUGCCUGCAUUUACAGGAGAGCUUCUCACCCGUAGAUCUCCUUCUCCAAACCAGAUAAACCGAAACAUCCUACCUCCAGAUAGCACAGCCACUGGAUUAGAGUACGAGUUGACAAUACUGCACAACCUUCCCUAUCCUGUUUUAGAACCGGUCGAAUUACCCAAAAUCGGUCUCGACCAUCUCGCAAAAAGUAAUUAG